AUGAAGUCGGCUCUCAUCCUUGUUGGCGCAGCACUGGCUGUUGCACAAAACUUUUCCGGCCAACCCUCGUGUGCUACUUCUUGCCUCAGCGUAGCCAUCACUGGUGCUGGCUGUGCUUUGGACGAUGCUGCCUGCCAAUGCGGUCCUACACAAGCUUCCAUUGCCGCCUCAGCAGCUCCCUGUCUCCUCACCGCCUGCCCCGUGACCGACCUGAGCCAGGCCCAGAGUGCCGGCGCCGCAGCGUGCGCCGCGUACUCGGCCAGUGCGGGCUCCGGUGACUCCUCGUCCGGCACCAUCACCACGGGCCCGACUGCUACCGACAGCCUGAGCAGCACCCUGGCGCACAGCGGUGAUACCAUUAUCGGCAUCUCGACCAACAGCACGGGCUCGGCCACCGACACCAAGACGAUUGUGGGCACGGUCCAGACUCCCUCGGUCUCCAAUACUGCGAGUGUGAGCGGCACGGGCAGCACGCCCAAUCUCGCACCUACGGCGGCUCCGGCCAAGAUUGUUGGUGGUGUUUUGGCGGGUCUCUUGGGCGUUGUUGCUGCUCUCUGA